AAGCCAUGCCGCCCUAUAAAUUAAAGAGCAGGGAGAUCUACUACAUAGAGUAGGGUUUUUUAUUUCUCGUUUUUUGUGUGGUUUAACCCGCUAUAUUCGCUGCCGCGGCCGCCCAGCUCUUUCUCUGCUUGGGGAAAGGGCUAUACUUCACAUAUGGCUUCUUUUAAUCGUAAGGAUGCUUCGCAGGAGAUUGGGGGUUGCAUUACACUUGAGCUUUUAUGGCUGUAAUGAGUUAGCUGUUGUGAUUUCAGAGCUCCAGAAAUUCUUAUCUAAACAUUAAAUAAUUUAUUUAAAAUGUUGAGGACGAAGCAGAUCAGCCAACUUUCCCAGUGUGCCAGAUCCUUUUAUCUAAGUGGCCCAAUAUAUGGCACAGCCGAUGGCACCCCAACCUGUUCAGAAGAAGACAGACAUGCUGCGAGAAGUCAGUCUAGAAAUUCCGAAGUCCUACUUCUGCAACAGAAAUCCCAUGUUUUGUCUUCUCCUGCAACUACUACAGGAUCUUCCAGUUUCAGAAAUGCAUUUGGAACCACCAUUACAUUAGCUUCGAAGGCUUCAUCAUUCCCUUCAUCAUCUUCACAAGUCUACAUGCCUAUUUCUUCAUUAAGAUCGGAUGUAAAUGCGGUAAAUGAAAAUGUUAUGCUGAACAUAAAUGUUGAUGUUUCUAACAAAGAUUUGGUUUCUAACAAAGAUUUGGCACUCCCUUCAAAGGCCAAAGAUGACAAGUUUGACAAUGCAGGCAGUCCAACUGCUUGUAAACAAGCUCUUCCUGAUCCUAUGUGUUUGAAAGCUGACUCUAAGCAGCCAACAACUCUUCCAAAAUCCUUCUAUGAAAAGCCUCGUUGCCGAGCUAAGUACUCUAAAGUUCAGACGAACUCUCCCAACAUCAUAGAAUGUGGACCUGAUUCAGUUUCCACUGUUCACACAGAUCCAAGUACUGCACCUGAAAAGUCCGGUACGAUGCGAACCAUGCAGACCAAACAUUUGAAUGCUACGAGAACAAAAAAAUCCCAAUCGAAAUCUCAAAACUGGAAUGAUCAUAGACAAACCAUUCCAGAGAAUGAAACCUUCCAUCCUGGUGUCUUCACUUCAUCCACAAAAUUGACAGGAAGAUUCUCAGAAGAAAACAUUGCGGUAAUGGAAUCUAAUAAUCAUGUAUCUGCUCAUAAAUCCUCGCAAAAUUUGAAAUCUUCAAGGUUUCGCCCUGUGGUUUUACAGUCUCCCAAACGUCCUAUCAACCCUCUACUUACAACCGAACACUAUUACCAUGUAUUACAGCAGCAAAAAUGGGGUCCCAUGGCUGAAGUCUGCCUGAAUAAUCUCGAACAUAAACUCAAUGCCUUUCAAGCAAACCAAGUGCUAAAACUAUUAUGUGAUCAUUCCAUUGCCCUCGGGUUUUUUGGAUGGCUGAAAAGGCAACCUGAAUUCAAGCACGACGAAUAUACAUACACAACCAUGAUUGGCGUUCUCGGUAAAGCUAGACAGUUCAACACGAUGAGAGAACUUCUACAAGAAAUGAUUAGCAACGGAUUUUCGCCAACUGUCGUCACAUAUAAUCGCAUGAUCCAUGCAUACGGCCGUGCCAACUAUAUUGGCGAGGCUGUCAAAGUUUUCCACGAAAUGCAGGAACUCGGUUUUGAGCCCGACCUCGUCACUUACUGCACUCUAAUUGAUAUUCACGCGAAAGCUGGCUUUCUCGACAUCGCACUCGAUCUCUAUCACAGAAUGCAAUCCGUAGGUCUCUCCCCAGACACUUUCACAUACAGUGUGAUGGUGAACUGCCUUGGCAAAGGCGGCCAACUCGCUGCCGCUCAGAAGAUGUAUGAUGAAAUGAUCGAAAAUGGUUGUAUUCCUAAUCUUGUGACAUAUAACAUCAUGAUAGCUCUGCAAGCUAAAGCAAGGAAUUAUCCAACUGCUGUUAAACUUUAUAGAGACAUGCAGUUCGCUGGAUUUCAUCCUGAUCGGGUCACUUACAACAUUGUCAUGGAAGCUCUUGGUCACUGCGGUCAUAUUGAGGAAGCAGAAGUUGUGUUUAAUGAGAUGAGGAAAGACUGUGUCCCAGAUGAGCCCGUUUACUGUCUUCUGGUAGAUUUAUGGGGUAAGGCUGGCAACAUCGAGAGAGCUCAGGCAUGGUACCGUGCGAUGCUUGAGGAGGGUUUGAAGCCGAACACUCCUACAUGUAACUCCUUACUGAGUGCCUAUCUUCGAGCACACCGGUUCACUGAGGCUCGUGAUGUUCUUCUAAACAUGCUCUGUGUUGGAUUAGUGCCAUCCUUACAAACCUAUACUCUUCUUCUCAGCGGCUGCAGAGAAUCCAACUCAGAGAUGGCUUUGUGCUGUGAGUUAAUGGCCAUCACAGGCCAUCCAGCUCAUUCCUUCCUCUCAUCCCUACCAAAUGCAGAGCCAAGCGGGCAGAAUGUGAGGGAUCAUACAAGCCAUUUUUUUGAUCUGAUGCACAGUGAAGACCGGGAAAGUAAGAGGGGACUUGUUGAUGCUGUCGUUGAUUUCCUUCACAAGUUUGGCCUCAAGGAAGAGGCUGGAUUUGUGUGGGAAGUCGCCGCACAACGAAAUGUUUAUCCCGAGUCGUUGAGGGAGAAAAGUAGAGCGCAUUGGCUUAUUAAUCUUCACGUAAUGUCUGAAGGGACGGCGGUGACUGCGUUGUCGAGAACGUUGGCUUGGUUUCAGCGGCGGAUAUUGGAUGCAGGUAUGAGGCCCUGGCGGAUCGAAAUUAUAACCGGAUGGGGAAGGCGAAGCAGGGUUACUGGUUCUUCUUUGGUUAGGCAGGCUGUGGAGGAACUGCUUCAUGUCUUCCAGUUUCCUUUCAGUGCUAAUAGCAAUUCUGGGUGCUUUGUGGGAUGUGGGGAGCCUCUCAAUCAAUGGCUUUUAAAUUCUUACGUGGAGAGAAUGCAUUUGUUGUAGCUUUUGGGUUCCUAAUUUAUAUGUUAUUAUGGGUAAUUCAAAUGGCGGUUUUGUUGUGUUGAACUGUUAGUUUUGAGGUUAUUUUGCACGUUGAUUUCGCCUAAGUAGUUAAAAUGCUUUUACUUAAGUUUAGAGUCUAAUUAAUGUGGCUUUUAGAGAGAUUUUGGUAUUGAAACAUCAUAGUUAAAAAUUAUAGUGAAAUCUAUGUAUUUGA